AUGGCGAGGACACAGCGCAGUGGACGCACCGGCGCCAGUGGCGCAUCCCGACGCGCAGCCACAUCCACCUCCGACCCUGCCGCUCCCUUCUCCUCCUCCGCAUACUCGAACCAGACCACCAACAAGCCGCGCCGCCCACGUCCCAGCGCAGACGGCCCACGCGGCCUUCACGACGUCUACGACUUUGCGCAGGCAUCCACCUCGGCUGCGACCAAGCAGCCACGUGGGGCUCGUCGCGCCACCGCAGGCAUGCACUCCGAAGACUACGCCGACCUCCCGUCCCAGGCCAAGGGCAAGCAGCCCCGACGCCGCCGCGUUGAUGAUGAGGACGAUGAGGACGACGACGACGACGACGACGAAUCCGAUGACGACGAUACGCCCGUGGGUCCCAAGGUCUUUGAUUCGGGCGACGAAGUGCACGACGGCAUCGAGGGCACCGACGAGGAGCUCGACUCGGACGAGGCAUUCGGCGAGAGCGACGACGAAAAGUUUGACGGCUGGACAUUCGGCAGACGCACCAACAACAAGUCCAGCCGCAACGACGAUGAUGACGACCACGACGCUCAAGACGGCGAGGACGAUGGCGGGAUGAUGGAUCUGUCGCGCAUGCUCGACUCGGCAUCCGGCGAGUCCGAUGGCGAGUCCGACCAAGACAGCGACGACAACAACAGCGAAGACGACGACGAGACCAGCUCCAAGCUCGCCAAGCACAUCCAGUCCUUUGCCGCCGGCUCCAAGCGUCAAGCCGGCCCCGACUCGGGCUCGGACGACCAAGCCGGCUCCGACGCCGAACCGUCCGCCAAGCGCUCGCGCCGUGUCGUGCUCUCGGAACGCACCGAGGCCAUCCCCGAAACCGAGUUCGCCGCCACCCACUCCGGCUCCACGCUGCGUCUCGAGGAUUUCAUGUCGCCGCUGUCCGCCAAUGUCGACUUUGCCGACGUGCGCAAGUCGACCAAGCUGCUCGCCAACGCCAAGCACCCCUCCUCCGCUCCCGUCGCCUCCAAAAAGGGCGGCGGCGCUCUCGCUGCACCCCUGCCCUCGGUGGUGCAGGACAGGCUGGACCGUCAGGGCGCCUACGCCAUCACGCGCGACGAGGUGCAGGGCUGGCAGCCGACGAUCAACCGGCUGCGCGAUGCCGAGCACCUCUCGUUCCCGCUGCAGAAGCCCGCCAAGACCAAGGCCUCCACCUCGGGGCUCGUCGCCACCUUCACGCCCGAUACCGACAUGGAGGCGUCCGUGGCGGCCAUGCUCGACAGCGGCGGACUCACCGAGAAGCAGCUCGCGCAGCAGGAGGAUCUGGCGAUGAACAAGCUCGAUCCCAACGAGGCGCGCGCGCGCCGCGACGAGCUGCGCCGCAUGCGCAUGCUCCUCUUCCGUGCCGAGCAGAAGGCCAAGCGCGUGGCCAAGAUCAAGUCCAAGGCCUACCGCAAGAUCCACCGCAAGGACAAGGAGCGUCUCAAGGCGCAGAUGGCCGAGCUCGAGAGCGAGGACGAGGACGAGGAGGACGAGCAGGCGGGCAUCGACGAGAGGCUCAAGGCCGAGAGGGACCGCGCGAGGGAGAGGGCGACGCUCAAGCACAAGAACACCUCCAAGUGGGCCAAGAACAUCCUCCACGCCCGACACGGCGAGCACAACCAGGAGGCGCGCAACGAGCUCGAGGCACAGCUCAACCGCGGCACCGAACUGCGUGCCAAGAUCGAGGCGCGCGAGAUCGGCGACAGCGACGACUCGGACGACUACAGCGACGAGGGCGAUGUGGAUGACGCCGAGGUGGCCCGCGACGCGUUCGACGAGCUCAAGGCGUUGGAGGUCAAGGAGGAGGCGAGGCGCAAGCGCGACGAGGAGGAGCUCGAGCGUGUUGGCGGCAAGAAGGGCGUGUACGGCAUGAAGUUCAUGAAGGACGCGCGCGAGCGCCAGUACGCCGGGAUCCGCGGCGACGUGGACGACUUUGUCAGCGAGAUGCACCAGCUCGGCGCCGAGCAGGCGGGCAGCGACGACGAGGUUGCCGCGCCGGCCAAGGCGGAGUCGCGCGCGACGUAUGUGCAGGGCAACAAGGGCCGGGCCAUGUACGGUGCUGCGUCUGCGAAUCCUACGCCCCGUGCCGUCGAGCCUCCCAGUGCGCCAGCAGCCCCGGUUGCGGUGGAGGAUGCUGCAAAUCCGGCGAUCGAGGCGGCGGGAGUGGAAGUGGGAGGCUCGGCAAGGUCGCGCAAGAAACCCAAGUCGGCUGCCGCCGCUGCUGAUGAGGAGGAGUCGAAUCCGUGGCUGAUGAUCGAUUCGCGCGGUCAGGCGAGCAAGCUCUCGCGCAAGAAGAACGACUCGGCCCUCGCUGCGCAGUCGGCCUCGUCGCUCGCGGCGACCAAGUCGGCUUUGCGAGCAUCCAAAGCAGCGUCGCGCUCCGAAUCCUCCGUCGCUGCAAAGCGGUCGGACGAUGCGAUUGACAUCAACACCUCGACGCUGCUGCACAAUUCGGACUCGGACGAGGAACAGCCGAUGCCGAUCCCGCGCAACCGGAGCAAGGUGGUGCUACAACAGCGGGAGCUUGUUGCGUCUGCAUUUGCGACGGACGAUGUGGUGUCGGAAUUUGCGGCCGAGAAGGAAGCUGCGAUGGAGGCGGAUGAGAGCAAGGUGGUUGAUACGCGGUUGCCUGGAUGGGGAGCGUGGACGGGACGAGGGACACGUGGAGCGAGCAGCAAUGCGCGCUUUGUCAAGAAGGUGCAGGGUGUGGAUAGGGAUCAGAGGAAGGACGCCAAGAUGGCGCAUGUGAUUAUUGCCGAGAAGCGCGACAAGAAGCAGGACAGGUUUACGCGCAAGGAUCUGCCCUAUCCGUACACGAGCGUGGCUCAGUACAAGGCGGCAAUGAACCAGCCACUGGGUAAGGAGUGGAACACGCUGACCGAGAAACAGAGGUUGACUCUGCCCAGGGUCACCGCCAAGCCGGGUAAGCUGAUCACGCCUGUUGCGCGCAAGUUUUGA